GCUGUUGAGUGGCAGUAUUAGUUUAGUUCCCAAUGCUAGCCUAAAUUUUCGUCAUUUUUCCUCGGGCAAUCGACAUAAUUGAUUAGAUUACAGGUGUAUGUAAGUGACAGUUGUCUCUACGAUCAUAUGGAUUAACCGGAUGUAGGAUACAAAGAGAAAAUUUGAACGAAUAUGACUGAAAAUGACGAUGUGAGAUCGGCUGAAGGGCACGCCGCGAUGUCAAUUUUGGGAGAUCGCUGGAUUAAAAUUCAAGAAAAUACCUUCACUAAUUGGGUAAAUCAGCAGUUAAUUGGAGCCGACCACAACGUUGAAGAUCUCCAGGAGGAUUUUUCGGAUGGAAUAAAGCUAUGUGCACUUGUCGAAGCUCUACAAAACAGAAGGAUAAAACGGGUGGUGAAAAAACCAAUCAAUCAACAUCAAUAUUUAGAAAAUGUCACACUAGCUUUGAAGGCAAUUUCUGAAGACGAUGUAAAAUUAGUUAACAUAGGAAACUCAGACAUCGUCAAUGGCAACCGAAAGCUGGUCAUGGGCCUUAUAUGGCAUCUAAUCCUGCGAUACCAAAUUGGAAAAACAACACAACUAAAAAUACCUCCAAAGAAGCUGAUGUUGGCAUGGUUGAAUGCUGCCAUUCCAGAUAUCAAAAUAACGAACUUUACCUCAAAUUGGAAUGAUGGCAUAGCUUUACAUGCACUUCUUGAAUACUGCCAGCCUGGUCUAUGUCCUGGGUGGAGAACACUCAACCCACAUGAUAGGGUUGCUAACUGUACAGAUGCUAUGCAACUUGCUGAGAAACACUUUGACAUUCCACAAGUUGUACGCCCAGAAGAUCUAGCGAGCCGUGACCUUGAUGAACUCUCUGGUAUGACAUAUCUAUCAUACUUCAUGAAAGUUGACUCGCCAGGAUAUUACGCAACUCUAAAUUACGUACGGGAUCAGUUGAGGUCAGAAGGAAAAACAGUCAACAACUUUCAGACUGAUUGGAAUGAUGGAAAGGUUCUGUGUUCCCUUGUCAACUCAUUAGGCGGCCAUAUUUAUGAUGUCAGCAACACUGACUGGCCGGGCAAUUGUGCUAAAGGUAUGCAGCAGGCUGAAGAGAUGGGUGUUGCACCUGUAAUCUCCCCUGAGGAAAUGGCAGACCCAGACACAGACCAUCUUGGAAUCAUGGCAUAUGCAGCAUACUUCCAGAACAUUCAUCCAAAUAAGCUUGUACCAAAUGGGAACACAGCCACGGAGACUCAUGCAAAUAAAGUAAAGUUGGAUGCUGACUUAAAGACAGUGACAGUCGGCAGUUCUAAAACAUUCCACGUUGAUCUAUUGGAUAGCCAAGUGCAAGAAUCGGAUCUCCGUGUAGAAUUACAAGGACCCACAAGUCAGCCCCCUGUCAGCCUCUUUUUCAACGGAGAUCGGGGAGAAGCAGUUUUUGUGCCCUCAGAAUCUGGGACCCACCAGUUGACUGUGUUCUGUAAAGGAGAGGUUGUCCAGGGUUGCCCUGUGAAGUUCCUAUCUGUGGCAGAUAAAAGUAAAGUACUUCUCAUGUCUAGCUUUGACACGUGCAAUGUGGGAUGUAGCACUGAGAUCAAGGUCAGUGCCCCCAAUUCUAUAGAUGGUGCUGUUCAGGUGGAGGCCAUCUCACCAAGAGGGCAAAGCCAAAACAUGUCAGUCACUCAGGAGGAUGGCAAAUUUAUGUCAAACUUUGUGCCAACUGAAAUAGGAGAGUGGACUAUAAAGAUCCUGUAUGAAGGUGAACACAUAAGUGGCAGUCCAUUCCAUGUGAGAGUCUAUGACUCAGGUCUAGUCAAAGUUUACGGGUUAGAAGGUGGCUCUGUGGGAGAACCAUUCAGUUUUACAGCUGAUACAUCAUCAGCAGGUGAUGGAGAAUUAGCUGUCAAAGUUUUAAGAGAUGGACACCUAGUUGCAGCUCAAGUGCUUGAGGACGGAGCCGGAGUGAAUAAAGUUAACUUCACACCAGAUGGCCCUGGUGUGUAUAUGAUACAUGUCUACUUUGGUGGUAAAGAAAUAUCAG